AUGGUGUACGCUCGAAGAGUGUUUGAUACAAUGCCUGAGAGAGAUGUCUUUUCAUGGAACACCAUUAUCAGGUGUUACUCGGAUGUUGGUCCUUGUCAACAGGCUUUAGUUCUGUAUACAGAGAUGCAUCAAUCUGGUUUUCUUCCUGAUCACUUCACGUUCCCUUUUGUAGUGAGGUCGUGUGCCGUUAUAUCAGCUUUCAGAGAGGGAAAAGGAAUACAUUGUAACAUAAUUAAACAUGGGUUUGAUUUGGAUGUGUUUGUUCAGACUUCUUUAGUGGCCAUGUACUCUCAAGCUGGUGAGCUUGAGAAUUCAUGGUUGAUAUUCAACCAAAUUCCGGCCAAGAACACUAUGAGUUGGACAGCAAUGGUCGCUGGAAAGGCCCAAAAUGGGUUUUUCCGGCAAGCUUUAGAGGUAUUUUAUCAGAUGACCGUCUCUGGUUCAAGACCCAAUUCAAUUACUUUAGUAAGUGUCCUUCCUGCUUGUGCCAACUUAGAGGAUUUCAACCUUGGUAAAUCCAUUCAUGGGUGGGCAAUAAAGCUCGGAUUGGGCUCUGAUGUUUCUCUCACUAACUCUUUGAUCGCAUUGUACGCCAAAUGCAAGGACCUUGCGACUUCUCGCUCUCUUUUCAAUGGAAUGAGAGAGAAGACUUUGGUCUCCUGGAAUGCGAUGAUUGCUGCCUAUGAACGAAACGAGUCCUCUAGUGAAGCACUCAAGCUAUUUCGAAGGAUGCAAAAUGAGAAGAUGGUGUAUGACUACAUAACACUUGUCAGUGUACUAUCAGCUUGUGCCAAUUUAGGUGCACUAAAUACUGGAAGAUGGGUUCAUGAGCUAAUUGAUCGAAACGGAUUAUAUGAUAACAUUGCUAUACAAAAUGCUCUUCUAGAUAUGUAUGCAAAGUGUGGGAGUCUGGAAUUGGCUCGUGAAGUCUUCAAUAAACUAAGCCCAAAGAGCAUAGUUUCAUGGACCGCCAUUAUAGGUGCCUAUGCUCAACAUGGACAAGGAGAAGAGGCACUAGGGUUAUUUAGAAAGAUGCAAGAAGAGGGUGUGAAGCCAAAUGCCAUUACAUUCACUGCAAUUUUAACGGCUUGUAACCAUUCAGGCCUAGUAGAAGAAGGAAAAGAGUAUUUCUACAGCAUGAGAAGGGACCACAGUAUCGAGCCUCGGCUCGAGCAUUGUGCUUGCAUGGUGGACCUAUUUGGUCGAGCAGGCUCAUUGGUUGAAGCCUAUGGGUUUGUUAAGAAUAUGGGAAUUGAGCCUGAUCUUGGGGUAUGGGGGGCCUUGCUUGGGGCUUGUAAGAUUCACAAGAAUGUUGAAAUGGCUGAGAUUGUGGCUGAGCAUUUGUUCAGUAAGGAUCCUCAAACUGUUACAUAUUAUGUCCUCAUGUCAAAUAUUUAUGCAGAGGCUGGUAGAUGGGAAGAGGUCGCAAGAUUGAAGAAACUAAUAAAGGAGAAGCAAUUGAAGAAGAUACCUGGUUGGAGCUUGGUUGAGAUAAAUAGAAGGUUCCAUACAUUCCUAUCAGGACCUAGAUUAUGCCCUUCAUAA